AUCAACCAUGGAAGCUACCGCCUUAAGCUCUGCGGCAACCAUCGUUUCCUCCUCAUCUUCCUCGCACUCCAUCUUCUCUCCGAAGAAGAGAACAGAAUCAUCUUCUACGAGAAUCAUCCGGCUUUCGAAGAGUAAACUUUGCUAUUUCGUUGCUUCCGAUCAUCUCUCGAUCGAUGAGGCCAUGGGAUUGGUCUUGAGCGCCGCCUCGGUUAGAGGCUGGACUACCGGUUCCGGUAUGAAAGGGCCGUCUCUUCCGGCUAAGGCCCAUGAAGAUACGGUGUCGACAUUUCCAUGGUCACUAUUCACGAAAUCGCCUCGUAGGCGUAUGCGUGUUGCCUUCACUUGCAACGUUUGUGGCCAGAGAACUACACGAGCCAUAAAUUCUCAUGCUUACACUGACGGCACCGUCUUCGUGCAGUGUUGUGGAUGCCAUGUGUUUCAUAAGCUCGUCGAUAAUCUCAACUUGUUUCAUGAGGUGAAGUGUUAUGUGAGCUCGAGCUUCAACUAUAGAGAUGCUAAGUGGGAUGUUGGGGGAUUCAAUCUCUUCGAUAUGGAUGAUGAUAAUGAUGACGGCGGU